AUGAAAGAAAGUCGCAAAAGUGUGCCUGGUUACCCGGAAGGCCGGUUUGCUACAACAGUAUUUCAUUUCUUUCUAUAAGACUUCAUCUUCGAUUUCUGAAACAAGUUUCAAUUGAAAUUUAUCAGAUAGUCAAAACUUUUUCUUCAGACCUAUGGGCAUCCGCCCGAACUUCGCUGAAGAUGGUGAGCUUGUAAAAAAUAUAAUAUAACCGUCAUUGAUUAUAUUUCAGUUUACGGGGACAAAAAAUCGGAAAAAAGGGAAGCAGAUGAGCCUGAGUUCAGCGAUUCGUCUCUUGCACACCGGCGAUCUGCAAGCGUUUUGAAACUAAAGCAAUUGAAAGACGCUCAAUCAAUGUUACCAAAUGAUGUCCAAGGAAUUCAGCGUCAUGAGAGCUCCGAAAAUGUUCAAAAACUGGUUUUUUACAAAAAAUAAGUUAUUUUUUUUCAGAAUGAUCGCGAUUUGGAAUUUUCCUACACUGACACGGACACACUUUUUAGUGAAAUUUCGGAACUGUAUAGUUAUUCCGAGCUGGACGAAUUUGCCAGCAAUAUAGUGUUCUGGAGAAGUUACGCGGAUACACACGAUGUUCGGGAUUUCUCAGUCGUGGAAAAAAAUUUUUUUUAUAGGUUGAAUCGCCGUUCUACUUUUCAUCGCUUCCCGAUAUAAAGAAAAAAAGUAUAAUGCAAGUAAGAAGUUCUGAAAUUUUUAAAAGUUUUCUUCUGUUCGGUCUAGGACUUGUGCUCAAGAUUGGAGAGUGCCGAACCGGAUAUGCGGCUCAACACAGCCAGAAUUGUAUUAUACCUGUUGCAGGUAAUUUCAAAACGGUCGACAUUUUCUAAGAGAUUUUUCGCUGUAGCAAGUUUUUUUUUCCCGUUCUAUUCGAUUUGUGGAGUUCCAUUACGUAUUAAUGAAGUAAAAACGACGAAAAUGGCAUAAUUCUUUUUAUUUUUAUGUGUUAUGGAAUAUUUAGAGAGAAAAAAGACGAAUAGAAAAUGCUGGUUGAUGUUAUUCACAGUUGUACUUUGAAGGGAUCUGUUCUGGACUUCGUUGAAGAAGAUGAAUUAUCAGAAGGUCAACUUCCGAAGGCUCCAGAAGUUUGGUCCUUAAAAGAUGUUUGUAACUUGUUACUCAAUAGAAUCGCGGCAGCGGAGGUUUCGAGGAAGAUUGUCUCGUCGCAGGAGCUCGCAAUUCAUACAUUUGUUAUUCAAACGGCGUUUAUCAGGUUAAUGACUUCUUUCUCAUUUUCACUGUUGUUUUACAGGCUCUUUGUACUCUUCUCAUGACGGAGAUGAACGAACCGUUCGAAUGUGGCUUGAGCGACGGGCGACUCUCCAAGGCGAGUUCCAGGGACAGUCGCAGUGCGAGCAAUGCUGAUUUAUCGGACAAUGGUUUGAGCAAUAAACUGAAACUUUUUUGUCGAACUUUCUUUUUUCAGAACGUUCCCGGUCUCGUAGGAACGCUACAAUGGUCGACAACGAAGCUCUCCGAGUCGUUCUAUCUUGUUUGUAUCACAUGGUUGAGUUCAUGCGUGACGAUUCCAUCACAAAAACCCUGACGGUUUGCUCUUUCUACCCAGUUUUUUUUUGUUAAAUUUGAAUUUUGAGGUGGAAAAUUCGAAGACAACAAAGAUACGCGAAGAGUUUUUCCAAGAACUGGGUUCGAAUCCCACAUUUUCUUUCUCUCUUAUUUCUACUCCAUUUCCAGAAGAGCCGAUUGAACACGGAUCAGAACCCUUGAUUGUCGUUCUUUUCGAAAUGCUCCCGCCUUUUUACAUGGGGGCCGCGCCUCACUACCCUGUAAAAAAGGUGUAGAUAAAAACUUUCCACCUAAUUCUGAUGUAGAGAAUUUAGAUAUUACUUUUGAUUUGGAAAAUUUUACUUGUGAGUCUGGGAGGAUGGGAUGUACUGGAAGAGAAAAAGAAGACGAAACGAGCGGCGCUGGGACUGCCGCAGAUGGAAAAUACACUGAAAGUGGCAUCGUCAAUGCCAGCCACACUGACUCAAGACAACGAGUGUUCGUGUUUCUGAGAAGAAGCGAAUAAUUUGUGUGUCAAGGUGCUCGACUAAUUGGAAGACGUACGGCCGGAGUUCCACGAGCUGGAAUGAUUGCUCGACAGUUGGCCUAUAACGAGGACUCCAGAGACGACGAAUUCAAAUCCGAAAACGGUAUUUUUUUCCUGGUUUUCUGAUAGCAAUCGACAUUUAAUUGAAAGUCUUGAGUUCGAAAUAGAAGAUUACUGACUACUAAUUGGAAGAUAGUGAGUUGCAGAGUAAAAAAUGUUAAAUAGUGGACUUUUUCAUCAGAUAUUAAAAUAAAUGAUAAGAAAAUAGCACAAUCUACGUGUAGAUACCCAAGAAACUGCUGAUUUUGUACAUUUUUUAAGCAAAAAGCUCUUCAUAGUUUCUUAUUUUCAAAAAAAAAAAAUGGAAGAAAAAACUUGAUAAGUUUAUUAAGGAUUUGCGAGUGAAGUCGAAACUUCUGAUUAUGAAGACACAAAUCCUACAGAAGGUGUGUUCUAGCUUUUUUAUAAGAUUGAAAUUGCGAGAAGGUGUUCUGAGACUUUCAAUUGCGAAAAGUAGGUAACGAUCAGCCUUCGAGGCAGGCCAGUGGAGAUCGUACUCCGCGAGUAGGCUCCCCUGUGGUCAGCGAACCUCCGAAAAGAUUUUUGCCCUGGACCACCAAAGUGCGAAGUUGUGACUUUGAAGAAUUCAUUCAGUCGGGGAGGUAUUUUAUUCUUUCUUUUAGUAAUUUUCUACGUCCUUACUAGAAGCAAGUUUUUCAAUUACCGUUUGCCACCCGGAGAUACUUCAACCUUGUUCGGACUUCCACCUCCGAUUUUGAGUAGCAUCGAAGUUCUUCGCAAAAACAUUUAUGUUUCUCUCUCCGAGCUGCAGGUGAGCCCCUUGAUUCAAAAUGAGAUUUUAUACAUUUUCCUCAGGUGAACCAGGAGGAGGAUCUGAAUAGGUUUCUUUUCUCGAAAGUGGAGAAGGUUGCAACCUUAACAAAAGUCAUUAUUGUUUUUUUUUUAAGGUGGAAGAGACUAAAUGUGAAGGACUGUACCGUAGAAUGUUGCCCAAUCUGAGUCAAUACAUAAUUGCAUUACUCAAGGUUCUUCUAGCGGCGGCCCCGUCGAACAAAGUGAUUAUUUCGUUGCGAAUCAAAAAUUACGAAGAAAUAGGCGAAGAGCGAGGCUCUGAAUAUUCUGAUUGACGUCUUGACCCCUGAGUCGGACGGUUCGGAUGUCCUAUCUAAUUCAAUUUCUUUGGACCAUUCCACUGCUUCUCCUCUGGAAGACAGCGUCCGGCUUGCCAUCGACAUCAAUCGCCACAAGGAGGUUUCUGCAAUGAAUUAUCUGGAAUUUUGUGGGUUCUUUGGGUUUGGAACAUUUCUCAAGCCAUUUGCACAGCGGAAAAAUGAAACUAUAAAGUUUCCAGGAAAAAUCUCAGUUUCAUGCUUGAAAGAGCUGGUAACGCAAUUUUUUUUCUGUUUUAUAUGACCGCUGAUCAUAUGAUCAUGUUCAGAUUUUGGUGAAAGCAACGUCGGCAAUCCUCCUUCUGCUGGUGAAACACCUCAAGCUCAAUCAUAUUUAUCAAUACGAAUUCGUGUGUCAACACGUCGUGAGUUAUCUUUGUGGCUAGUUUUUCAAAUGAGAAUUCAAGGUGUACGGCAAUGGGAUUCCUCUUUUGUUGAAGUAUCUUGACCAGGUUUAUUUAGAAGUGCUUCAAGACGUGAAUUUCUCAUGAAUUCAGAACAUAAACCGGUAUGUACAGGCGAGGUAUGAAAUUCACGCGUACAAUUACCCACAGUGCCUUCUACAUUAUGUGAGGAAUGGAGGUGGGUUCGGCGCAUCGGCUUCUUGAGUAGAUUGUGUUGGUUUGAAGAGGAGUGGCCAUUGCUCGACGCUGAGAAUGUUGAAGAGAAGCGUGGAGGCGUGUAUUACAUGUGGCGAAAUGUGUUUUCCUCAAUCAACAUGAUAAGAUUGCUGAACAAACUUGUCAAAGGGAAACAGUCGCGUGUGAUGAUGUUGAUGGUUUUCAAAUCGGCUCCCAUUCUCAAGAGGGCUUUGAAAAUCCGACUGGUUAAAAAAGUCUUUCUACUUUGAAACUUCAAUUUUUCAGUCAAUUUUCCAACUUUACGUCCUUAAAGCGUUGAAAAUGCAGUCAAGAUAUCUCGGGAGACAAUGGAGAAAGUCCAACAUGGACAUCAUCUCCGCAAUCUAUUCUCGUGUGCGCCACAGGUUUAUCAAAUAUUUCAUGGGAAAACGGCAAAAAAAAAAGCUAAAAGGGUCACCUGUUCACUAAAAUUUGAGAUUUUGACAAAGUUAUUCAGUACCGAAGCAAACUGAACAGCCUUGUGGUUUAUGGAAAUUAAAAAAACUGAAUAUUUAUAUUAAAAAAAGUAUAUAAUUUAAAAAGUCAUUUACUGUUUCAACCCUAAGAAGCCAAAAAUCACAAAUAAUAAAAACGAUUCUAACAACUUUUUUUCAGACUCUUUAGCUGCUCUUUUUUUCUGCUAUAUAGAAGGUUUUUUUGAAGAAAUUUGAUUUUUUUAGAAAACUAUUAUUGUUCGAAUUUUUUUAUAGUUAUUAUGAAUUUAUGAAGCUCGAAUUCCAUUUAAAAGAUAUCUAACCUCUUUAAAAAUUCGAAUAACGUUUUAUUCUUCUCUUUUUCUCUUUUACAUCAUCUAAAAUUUCAAAUUUAAUGUCUCGGCGAACCAAAUGAUGAAUUUUUGUAGGACUAAUGAGUAUAUUCAAAUGAUCCCUCCGACGUGUGUUUGAAGUUCAAUUAAGUGAAACCAAUAUCGGGAGUUUGCAGAAUGACGGAUGACUGGGCAUUUGCAAGUGAUAUGAGAAGGUCAUACGAAUAUCAAAUCGAAGAAAACUCUCUGAAGGCGGCCGUUGAACGCUUCCACAGUAGACGCUAUGCCAAGCUCUAUCCUCAGUUUGCCAUCGGUCAGUUCUUUUGGGGGCUGUCUCAAAAGAUCCGUGUUCAGAAGUAAACGACGCUCCGAUGCCCGGCGACGAUUACCUCAAUCGCGUGGAUAUGCGUGAAUUCGAGCCCGUCGACAACUGCGCACACUCGGUUCUCGGCGCCAAAAUGAAGCUUGGCGACCGGUGAUUUAAAAUUUAAAAAAAAAUUUCAUUCUUCUGAUUUGUAAUUAACACUUAAGAGGAAAAAUAUUUGGUAAUAUUUUUCCGUAUUUCACAUUUUCGAAAAAUGUGAAAUACGGAAAACAAUUUUUUCAUUCAAAAUAAAUAAAGAAGCGUACACCUAUUGUCAAAAUCACUUCGUUUUCCUAAUUUCUCGUAGCCCAUGAUUAAAUAAUUUGUUUUGCACAAACUAAUUUGAGAAACAGAACCUGGGCAGAAUGAUCUGUGAAAAACUUCGAAAGUUGAAAAUCGGUUUUUUUUUUCGUUUUGAGGUUUUAUUCGAGCACUCCAUACAUGGGCAGACCAUUUGAUAGAGCCUCUGACCCCUCCUCCCAAGUUUUCAUGAGUUAAAGUCAAAACUAUUUCCUGAAGUUCGAAACCUAAUUCAAUUUUUGUCACUACUACCCCUUGGCUUUGAAACUUAUUCUUAUACCUUUUUUUAAAAACUUUUUUGCAAGUCAACCCCUCCUCCCGGACGGAUUGAGUUCUUUACUUUCCCAUGUAUGAUACAAUCUUCUCAAAAAUGGAUUGCUUUCAAGAAUUACUUUGAUUCGUGAUGAAUGUUCAGAUUCGAAAGGAACUACGAGCAAUGGAUGGAACGCGAGGUUCUUCGCGCCCAUGUCGAUUGGGACAAAUUGCUGCUCGUCGCCAAGGGCAUCGAAGACAUCCCGCUCGGCAUUCAGAACUGA